AGAUCGAUAUAUCUUCCCCACCACAACAACAGCAACAACAACUUUAAGAAAGCAUAUGCUUCCAUUCCCACCUAUAUCCCUUCCUUCCAUGACUAAAGGCACUACUUCAGAAGUCACAGCUUCUCCAACCAUGGGAAACUGCUUUGGGCUCCCCACCACUGACUUGGAAACAAAGUUUCUGCCCGUUGAGUCUUCUUUCUUCAAGCUACCCUCUCCACUACCAUCUUGGCCAUCAGGUGGCGGAUUUGCCAAGGGGAUCAUAGAUCUUGGAGGCCUAGAGGUCUGCCAAGUCUCUACGUUCACAAAGGUGUGGGCUACCCAUGAAGGAGGCCAAGAUGACAGUGGUGCCACCUUCUUCUUGCCCUCCCCAAUCCCCACCGGCUUCUCCCUCCUAGGCUGCUACGCCCAACCCAACAACCGGCCUCUCUUCGGCUGCGUCCUCGUCGGAAGGGACACCAGCAACGAAGGAACCCUCGCAAAGCCCGUGGACUACACGCUCCUGUGGAGCAGCGAGUCUUCCAACAUUAAGCAAGAUGGCAAUGGCUACUUCUGGCUACCAACACCACCCGAAGGCUAUAAAGCCGUCGGCCUCAUCGUCACAAACUCGUCGGAGAAGCCAUCUCCAGACGACAUCCGGUGCGUCCGUCUCGACCUCACCGACGCAUGCGAGAACGACGAAUCCAUAUGGAACAACGAUGGAUUCGGUGUCAAUGGCCUGAGGCCAGCCAACAGGGGGAUCCAAGCCCUUGGUGUGAGGUUGGGCACGUUCAUAGCCCAAGCCAAUGGCUCUCCUGGCUCUUCCACCAUAGCUUGUUUGAAGAACAAUGACUGCAACAUCAACUACUCCAUGCCCAACCUCAGCCAGAUUCAAGCCAUGAUGCAAGCCUACUCCCCAUGGAUCUACUUCCACCCGGAUGAGGAGUUUCUCCCCUCCUCCGUGAGCUGGUUCUUCGACAACGGCGCGCUGCUCUACGAGAAAGGGAACCCAAGUCCCGCUCCCAUCACAUCGAAUGGCUCGAACCUCCCCCAAGGAGGAUCCAACGAUGGCGCCUACUGGAUAGACCUUCCCGUGGACGACAGAGAGAAGGAUAAAGUUAAGAAAGGCGAUAUCCCGAGCUCGAAGGUCUAUCUCCAUGUCAAGCCAAUGCUUGGUGCGACGUUCACAGAUGUAGCGAUAUGGAUCUUUUAUCCCUUCAAUGGACCUGCAAAGGCUAAGGUGGGACCAUUCAACCUCUCAUUAGGGAGGAUAGGGGAGCAUGUGGGUGAUUGGGAGCAUGUCACCUUGAGGGUGAGCAAUUUUAGUGGGGAAUUAUGGAGGGUGUACUUCUCGGAACACAGUGCUGGAACUUGGGUGGAGGCCUCACAGCUAGAGUUCGAAGGAGGGAACAAGCCUGUGGUCUAUUCUUCGUUGCAUGGCCAUGCUAAUUAUUCCAAGGCAGGACUAGUCCUAGAAGGGAAUUCUGGGUCGGGGAUUGGGAUAAGGAAUGACACUGCGAAAGGGAAGAAUAGGAUCGACAGUGGGGAGAGGUUUGAGGUGGUGGGGGCUGAAUACUUGGGGUCCGUGGUCACGGAGCCGCCAUGGCUAAACUACGAGAGAGAGUGGGGUCCGAAGAUCACCUACGACAUUGGGAAGGAGAUCAAUAGGGUGGCGAGGCUGCUGCCUGGGAGGCUCAAGACUGCACUGAAGAAGGUGGUCGAGAGACUCCCUGAUGAAGUACUAGGGGAGGAAGGGCCUACAGGACCAAAGGAGAAGAGCAAUUGGUACAUGGAUGAACGUUAGCUAGAAUUUCUACUGCGUGCUUUGAGACAUAUCAUUGUUGUUAUAAUUGUUUCGAUCGUUAUUUUUUAUCUUUAUUAAUGGUUAAUUUGGGAUUUUUUAUGGUGUAUCAUGCAUGGAAUAGUAGAUA